UAUAGCCCAGACAACGUGGCUGGAGCAGACGGAGACAUUGACCCCACUGAAAUCACCUUUCCUGGAUGUUCUUGUCUUACCAGCUCCUGUGUGGUUCACGUGUGCUCGUGUCUUUGCCAUGGCGAAAAUUACAACAGUUUGUGCCUCAGGCCUACAGACAAAGAGGAGGAGUACGCCAGGCCUGUUUUUGAAUGCAAUGCCAUGUGCCAGUGUGGCGAAUCCUGUCAAAACAGGGUUGUUCAGAGGGGUUUGCAGUUCAGACUUGAGGUAUUCAAGACUGAGAAGAAAGGGUGGGGUCUUCGCACUCUGGAAUUCAUAGCUAAAGGAAGAUUUGUUUGUGAAUAUGCUGGUGAAGUUUUAGGCUUUAACGAGGCACGUAGAAGAAUUCAGGCCCAGACAUCAAAGGAUUCGAACUAUAUUAUAGCGGUGAGGGAGCACCUCCAUAGUGGUCAGAUAAUGGAGACUUUUGUUGACCCUACAUACAUUGGUAACGUAGGCAGAUUCCUGAAUCAUUCUUGUGAACCAAAUCUAUUUAUGGUACCAGUUCGAGUUGACUCAAUGGUGCCUAAAUUGGCACUUUUUGCAGCUACUGAUAUUUCUGCUGGAGAGGAACUUUCAUAUGAUUAUUCUGGAAGAUUCCAUAAUUUACUAAUAAGUAACAGAGAACAAAAACCUUUAGAGGAAGAUAACAGAUUAAGAAAACCUUGCUACUGUGGUUCCCGCACAUGUGCUUCCUUCUUACCUUGGGACAGCUCCCUCUUUUCCACACCGGACACUUGUUCAGGGAGCUCUCCAUAG